UUACAGUUUUCUAUUGACAUGGAUUCAAAAGGUUUAGCAGACAAAAUGAGAUGCCUGAAUGUAUGCAUACAGUAAUGAAAUGUGAUUUGCUCGGUCAUAUCAGCAUUUUGUUGAAAUGCUGCAUUGCAGAAAACUUGACUCAGUGAUUCCAGACCUCUGUAACAGAAUACACCUCGAGGUUUCAGUUCCGACUGGAGAAGUCACUUGGAAAUACAGUAUGUGUGAUGUAAAUGAAUGACAUUAUAAAAUAUUAGGGUUGUGAAAGAUAAACCAGUACAACCGGUUUUACAAGCAAGAGAUACGGCUGUGUCGCUAGCAACCUCUUCGAUCGAUAAGAAUCAGCCAUAAAUCAUUUUAUGGCAAAGUCAAUUGAUUGUAGAGACAUACAUCAGGUAUCGCAAGACGAGAUUGCCCGCGAACGAUUCUGGUGCAUGCGCCAGAGCUUACCAUGGCUGAAGACGAGAAUUGAUGUAAAUAGUAGCAGUGCGCUACGGCUAGCUAGUCAAAAUUUUGAACCAUAUUUGGAUUUUAAAAGAAGGAUGUAAAACUCGACAAAAGCUGCGUCAUCUGUGUCACACGAAUACGGAUAUUUUAAAACCGCAUAUUUUUCUAUGGCCUCUCAUCCACACGCAUACAGAGGUUUUUGUCUUUAAAAACGCAGCUUUUGAAAAACUCCACAAUUAUUCCCGCAAUGAUGAGUUCUUUCUUGAGCGAUAAAAUUAACUACACUUCACAACAUUGUUGUGAUAAUCAACAUCUGCUCCAUUUUUUACAGAACGUGUUUCAUCCAUUUUCAGUUUUAAUAUUCAAUCAAUUUUGCCGACAAAUGUGAAAUAACAUACGGAAAAGUAACGCUACUUCGCUAGCAGUCCACAUGUAGCUUCUAUUGUACAUUGCCAUGUUUAUUCUAAUACGUCUAUGGAAAUUACGUCAUCAGCGCCUCUGAUAGGUUAAAACUGCCUUAACAGACUAUGGCUGCAGCGCCCCCUUACUUUGGCAUGCGCAUGACAGCCUGCAUAUUUGUAUUCGUGUGGAUAGGAAUAGUUUUGAAACGUCACCGUGUGGAUAGAGAUUUUUUUGACACCGGAGAGGAGCAUAUGUGUGUUUUUGAAAAUAUCCGUAUUUGUGUGGACAUGGCCUUAUAAAAAUGGAUUCUAAAAUGUCUUGGCAGCCAAUAGAGAGAAAAGAGAACUGGAGUGAUAUGAGCGUGUUUGAAGCAUUAGUGAGAAGGUGAGAAGCUGCACUUUGCGCCAACUGGAGCCAUGGGUGGAGGGAGUGAUUUAUUCCAGUAUCGAGGGAUUUACAAUAAUCGAGCUUUAAGCUAAUGAACGCAUUAACUGCUUUUUGUUACUUUAUCACAGUUAAUCGGUUUUAGAGCCGACAGUGAUAAGUGAAUUUAUGCAAAGUAGGAUUCCUUCUUUAUAAAUGGAAUAUUUUCAUAGUUUAUUUAUAUAAUCUAUUUACGACCUUCUAAAUACGUGUUUUAGCAUUAUUAGAACCCGUUACACAUGAAAUAACACCCCUAUAGUGUCUUUUAAACUUGUAUUAAACAUAGUAUACAUAGUAAUAGAAAUAAGACAACUUAGACAUAAAUAAGUCACUUCAAUUGCUUUAUUAACAGACGGAGAGCAAAGGACCUGCUGUCGGCCACGACUCAUGCCAGUCACUCACACUCUCCACACUGCUAACACUCAGCUAAACACAGUCAACUGACAGCUGACGUCACACACGUCACUUCCAGGCCCAGUUCCUUAAAGAUGCACACAACAAGUCACAGUCACAGUUGCACUACAUAUCACGUCUUCUGCUUAUAUUUGUAUUUUUGUUCAUUUAGCAAUUUUUUGCUUGAAAAUGCUUAAUACACUAGGUUCUCUACUUACGAACAUCCGACUUGCAAACAUUCGGAGAUACGAACGCAAGCUGACUGGUCUAUAUUUUCAUGUAUUUUGUCGAAAAUUGCGAUAAUUUGUCAUUUGAAUUAGUUCAAAAAUGGCGCUCUACAGUGCUACCGUAUCAUCUACGAGGAGAAGAAAAGGAAGACCAUACAAACUUCCAUUGAAAGCUUCUUCAAACGUAGAUCUGCUACUCCUGCACCGUCGUCACUAAGUGACUCGCCACCAAUGCCAACACCUUCGUCUGCACCUUUGUCGCCAAUUCCUUCCACCUCAGUAGUUUCCCCUGCACUACCUCUUUUAGAAGAGUCUACCGCCGACGAUGAUUUUUACUUUUUUCAAUAACUCCUCCUCCUCCUCCACCACUACCACCAACUACGUACUGUAUGCUCGACCACUCCUCUUCAAAGUAACCCUCCGGAAUGGGCCAAGAAUGUAGAAAACACAUUCACAGGGAUUUACACCUUUGAGUCCCUUAUAAAGAUCCUGGCCAGAGGCUUCUGUGUGGGGAAGUUCACAUUCCUGCAUGACCCUUGGAACUGGCUGGACUUUAGCGUCAUCCUCAUGGCGUAUAUAACAGAGUUUAUAAACCUCGGCAAUGUUUCAGCCCUGCGCACAUUCAGAGUAUUGAGGGCUUUGAAAACUAUCUCCGUGAUACCAGGUUUGAAGACCAUUGUGGGUGCAUUGAUCCAGUCAGUUAAAAAGCUGUCGGAUGUGAUGAUCCUGACAGUGUUCUGCCUCAGCGUCUUUGCUCUCAUCGGCCUCCAGCUCUUCAUGGGUAACCUGAGGCAAAAAUGCGUGCGCUUGCCGAUUGCCAGCAACGCCACCAACAGCAGCGACACUGUUGGUGAUGACAAGCUACUUUUCAACAGCAAUCUGUCAGCGGAAGUCAACGACACAUUCCUGAACAGCACAGGGGGCGACUUUAACUGGACCGAUUACAUCAGUAAUGACCGUAAUUACUAUUACCUCCCUGGGCGCAGGGAUGCUCUGCUUUGUGGAAAUGGCAGCGGGGCUGGGGUGUGUCCAGAAGGAUUCAUUUGUAUCAAAGCGGGUCCUAAUCCUGACUAUGGAUACACAAGCUUUGACACCUUCAGCUGGGCUUUCCUGUCUCUGUUCCGACUCAUGACCCAGGACUACUGGGAAAACCUCUACCAGCAGACAUUGCGUGCGGCAGGGAAGCCCUACAUGGUCUUCUUUGUGCUGGUGAUCUUCCUGGGCUCCUUCUACCUUGUCAAUCUGAUCUUGGCCGUUGUGGCCAUGGCUUACGAUGAGCAGAACCAAGCCACCAUAGAGGAGGCUCAGCAGAAAGAGGAGGAGUUCCAGGCCAUGCUGGAACAGCUGAAAAGGCAGCAAGAGGAAGCACAGGUUGCCGCGGCAGCAAGCAUGGAGAGCGGGGAGUACAGCGGGAGGGUGGGCCCUGGGGGCUCCACCUCUGAGUCGUCCUCUGUGACAUCCAAGCUCAGCUCGAAAAGUGCAAAAGAGCGACGCAACAGGCGAAAGAAAAGGAAGCAGAGGGAGGAAGAGGAGGAGGAGAGGGGGGCCUGCGACAAGUUCCACAAGUCUCUAUCUGAGGACAGCAUCAAGAGAUCCUUUCGCUUCUCCAUUGAUGCCAACCGACUUUCCUAUGAGAAGAGAUGCUCCUCACCCAAUCAGUCUCUGCUCAGUAUACGUGGCUCACUCUUCUCACCGCGGAGGACCAGCCAAGCCAGCCUAUUCAGCUUCCGUGGUCGAGCACGGGACAUGGGCUCCGAAAACAAUUUUGCAGAUGACGAGCAUAGCACCCUUGAAGAAAGUGACAGCCGGCGGGGGUCCCUGUUCUUGCCACGACGCAUUGAGCGCCGUUGUAGUGCCGUCAGCCAGACAAGCCUCAGGGUGCCUCGGGUCAUGCUUCCUGCCAACGGCAAGAUGCACUGUGCAGUGGACUGCAACGGUGUGGUGUCGCUGGUUGGAGUAACAUCUGUAACUACCUCCCCUGAUACAACUUCAGACACUGAGGUGAAGAAACGGCGCUCAGUUGAUUAUUUAGAUGAACCAGGAGGCAGGCAAAGGGCAAUGAGUGUGGCCAGCAUCCUCACCAACACAAUGGAAGAGCUUGAAGAGUCGAGACAGAAAUGCCCUCCCUGCUGGUAUAGAUUUGCCAACACUUGUUUGAUCUGGAAUUGUUGCCCUGCCUGGCUGAAAAUCAAGGACUUUGUCAGCAUGGUGGUCAUGGACCCAUUUGUGGAUCUGACUAUCACGACAUGCAUCGUCCUCAAUACCCUUUUCAUGGCCAUGGAGCAUUACCCCAUGACUAAGGAAUUCGACAAUGUCCUUUCUGUGGGAAACCUGGUAUUCACUGGAAUUUUCACGGCAGAGAUGUGCCUCAAGGUCAUCGCCCUUGAUCCUUACUAUUACUUCCAGGAGGGCUGGAACAUUUUUGAUGGCAUUAUUGUGAGCUUGAGUCUGAUGGAGCUGGGCUUGGCCAACGUAGAGGGACUGUCUGUUCUCAGGUCCUUCCGACUGCUGAGGGUGUUCAAACUGGCAAAGUCGUGGCCAACACUGAACAUGCUGAUCAAGAUCAUUGGUAACUCAGUCGGGGCUCUGGGGAACUUGACACUGGUGCUCGCUAUCAUCGUUUUCAUCUUUGCUGUGGUGGGAAUGCAGCUUUUUGGAAAGAGCUACAAGGAGUGUGUCUGUAAGAUAAAUAACGAAUGUCAGCUACCCCGCUGGCACAUGCACGAUUUCUUCCAUUCCUUCCUCAUCGUGUUCCGGGUGCUUUGUGGAGAGUGGAUUGAGACGAUGUGGGACUGUAUGGAAGUAGCGGGACCCACAAUGUGUCUGAUUGUCUUCAUGAUGGUCAUGGUCAUCGGAAACUUGGUGGUUCUUAACCUGUUCUUAGCUCUGCUUCUGAGCUCAUUCAGCGCUGACAACUUGGCUGCAACCGACGAUGACAGCGAGAUGAAUAACUUGCAAGUGGCUGUGGGUCGGAUCCAGCGUGGCAUCGCCUUUGUGAAAUCUGCUGUGCGGCAGUUCCUCCAGAGCCUGUGCUUUGGCGGGGGAGGCAAGGGCUCCAACCUCCCUGAUGAGAGCAAACCCCUAGAAGAACUUCAUAGCAACGGAAAGGGCAACUGCAUCACCAAUCACACAACAUUGGAAAUUACCAAAGACCCGGGUGGGAUGUACAGGACAGCUGAGGGUAACGGGCGACCAGGAGGAGGCCUGGUCGUCGGAGUCAUAGUCGACGGGGACAGCCCAGAACAGUACCCCAUAGACAAAUGUGACUACAUGUCGUUUAUUCACAACCCGAGCCUGACAGUCACAGUGCCCAUUGCGGUGGGCGAGUCAGACUUUGAGAACCUUAACACGGAGGACAUAAGCAGCGAUUCAUCCGAUGUGGAGGGCAGCAAAGAGAAGCUCGACAUAGAGCCGCAACAUCUCAGUUCUUCGGAAGGGAGCACUGUGGAUAUUUGCCCCCCAGGAGAUGGGGUUGAUUCCGUGGAAUUGGAGCCAGAGGAGUCCCUGGACCCAGAGGCCUGCUUCACUGAGGGAUGCGUACGCAGAUUCCAGUGCUGCCAGGUUAACGAGGAAGGGGAAAGGUUUAAGAGCUGGUGGACCCUCAGGAAAACCUGUUUUAUAAUUGUGGAGCACAACUGGUUUGAAUCUUUUAUCAUAUUCAUGAUCCUCCUCAGCAGCGGAGCACUGGCGUUUGAGGACAUUUACAUUGAACAGAGGAGGACUAUCAAAACGAUGCUGGAGUACGCAGACAAAGUCUUCACCUAUAUCUUCAUCCUGGAGAUGCUGUUGAAGUGGGUGGCCUACGGCUUUGUCAAGUACUUCACCAAUGCCUGGUGCUGGCUUGACUUCCUCAUUGUGGAUGUGUCCCUUGUCAGCCUUGUGGCCAAUGCUUUGGGCUAUUCUGAACUCAGUGCCAUCAAAUCUCUCCGGACACUGCGAGCCCUCCGGCCACUGAGAGCCCUGUCUCGGUUUGAGGGCAUGAGGGUUGUGGUGAACGCACUACUGGGGGCCAUCCCCUCCAUCAUGAAUGUCCUGCUGGUCUGCCUCAUCUUUUGGCUCAUCUUCAGCAUCAUGGGGGUCAACCUGUUUGCAGGGAAGUACUACUACUGCAUCAACACCACCACUGAUGAGGUCUUCCCCAUCGAGGUGGUCAAUAACAAGUCUGACUGCCUGAAUUUGGUCAACGACAGCGCCCGGUGGAAGAAUGUCAAAAUCAACUUCGACAACGUGGGUGCUGGCUAUCUGGCGCUGUUGCAAGUGGCAACAUUUAAGGGCUGGAUGGACAUUAUGUAUGCAGCUGUGGACUCUCGGGAUCUGGAGCAUCAGCCCAAAUAUGAAGUCAACUUGUACAUGUACCUGUACUUCGUCAUCUUUAUCAUCUUUGGUUCCUUUUUUACCCUCAACCUGUUCAUUGGUGUGAUUAUUGACAACUUCAACCAGCAGAAGAAAAAGUUUGGAGGGCAGGAUAUCUUCAUGACAGAGGAGCAGAAAAAAUACUACAAUGCUAUGAAGAAGCUUGGCUCGAAGAAACCACAAAAACCAAUACCUCGGCCAACAAAUGCUUUCCAAGGCUGCGUAUUUGACUGCAUAACAAAGCAGGCUUUUGAUAUUGUUAUCAUGAUCCUCAUCUGCCUUAACAUGGUGACCAUGAUGGUGGAGACGGAUGACCAGACCCGAGAUAUGGACAACAUCCUCUACUGGAUCAACCUCGUCUUCAUUGUGCUCUUCACAGGGGAGUGUGUGCUGAAGAUGAUCUCCCUGCGUCACUAUUACUUCACCAUAGGCUGGAAUAUAUUUGAUUUUGUGGUGGUGAUCCUGUCAAUUGUAGGUAUGUUUUUGUCUGAAGUCAUCGAGAAAUACUUUGUUUCCCCAACCUUAUUUCGAGUGAUCCGUCUAGCCCGAAUUGGACGUAUUCUCCGCCUUAUUAAGGGUGCCAAGGGCAUCCGGACGCUUCUCUUUGCCUUGAUGAUGUCACUUCCUGCCCUAUUCAACAUUGGCCUACUACUCUUCUUGGUCAUGUUCAUCUACGCCAUCUUUGGCAUGUCUAACUUUGCCUAUGUGAAGCGGGAGUCUGGAAUCGACGACAUGUUCAAUUUUGAGACCUUUGGAAACAGUAUGAUCUGUUUGUUCCAGAUCACUACCUCAGCUGGGUGGGAUGGUCUGCUGGCGCCCAUCCUGAACAAGCGGGAACCCGACUGCAAUAGCCAGAUGGAGCACCCGGGGAACACCUACAAAAGCAACUGCGGCAACCCAUCGGUGGGCAUCUUCUUCUUUGUCAGCUACAUCAUCAUCUGCUUUCUCAUCGUGGUCAACAUGUACAUCGCUGUCAUUCUGGAGAACUUCAGCGUGGCCACAGAAGAGAGCGCAGAGCCUCUGAGUGAGGACGACUUUGAGAUGUUUUACGAAGUGUGGGAGCGCUUCGACCCGGGCGCCACGCAGUUCAUGGAGUACAGCAAGCUUUCUGACUUUGCUGAUGCGCUGGAUCCACCCCUGCGUAUACCCAAGCCGAACAUGAUUCAGCUCAUCUCCAUGGACUUGCCGAUGGUCAGUGGCGAGCGCAUCCACUGCCUCGACAUCCUCUUUGCCUUCACCAAACGAGUACUCGGUGAAGGUGGUGAGAUGGACGUGUUGCGCGGGCAGAUGGAGGAGCGUUUCAUGGCCUCUAACCCCUCAAAGGUGUCGUAUGAGCCCAUCACCACCACUCUCCGCCGCAAGCAGGAGGACAUGUCCGCCAUUAUUAUCCAGAGAGCCUUCCGCCGCUACAUGAUUUGCAUGACCAUGAAGAAGGCUUCGGCCCUCUACAAGGAGCAGUUAAAAGUGGGGUUACGAGACCCCGAUAAGGAUGUAAUGGUCAUCAGCAAAUACCAUGAAAACUCCACGUCGGACAAAACAGACAUGACCCCCUCUACAGCCUCCCCACCCUCGUACAACAGUGUAACAAAAUCCGACAAGGACAAGUACGAGAAAGAGAACAAAGUCAAAGACUUGAAAGAUAAAUAGAUUUUUUUCCAAAUGUUUACAGCUUCUCAUGGAGGUAGGUAGUCACAGUCUUGGUGUGUUUGUGGUUCCGAGUUUGUCGAAUUCCUCAAGUCGAGGAGAGCAAGUACAGAUAUGUGUGUUUACUAGGGGUGUACCGAUUUGUUUUAAUAACGAUUGCAAUCGUAUCACGAUUUGUGUUUGUCGAUACUAUUCAAGUACGAUAUUGGUUCAUUUAGAACAGUAUGAUCUGAAAUGAUACAGUAACUUUAAAUCAAUUCGGUAACUUUGUAGCCAAAAAUUCAACCACUAUGACUGUGAAAUAAAUACCUGGAUACUGGACACUGAAGGUGACGUUUCCUAGGUUCCUGUUGUUUUUUGUAAGGGAAUCAGAUAUAAAUAAUUAAGGAUGCUGCCAUACUUAAGCAUAAAUUACCAAUGAGUACAAAAAAUUAGUUAAAAAUGCAAUACAAAAUCAGGAUGCACAGAGGGUGGUAUAGCUGUCCAUGAUUAAUUAUUUACUUUAAAUAGUGCAACCCAAACCUGCACUUUGCACCCAAUGAGAGACAUUAUGCAAAUUCCUCAGCUAAUUAAUGUGGUAUGGUAUCUUCAAUUAGGUGUUGAAACUUUCUCUCCUGUACCAGCCGAUGGAAGCAGGGGCUUUUUGGGGCUGAUAAUCCUCCUGAUCAGAGCAGUCAUUUGACAGAACGGUGCAGCAACUAGCAAAAAUACACUGACAGAAGUUUUGCAGUGCGCAUAUGUUAGGAAUGUUACAAAAUUUUGAAAAAUGUAAAAUCAAGUCUGUGAUUAUUGCUGUCUAAUAAAACAUGACUUGAACUUUAAUUUGAUACAUCAUUCACUUCUCUACCCCAAGUAUUAAAGAAGUUAAAGCAAGUUUCAUCCCGGAAAAUAGUGCCUUUGGUUCCCAUUGCUUUAACAUUGAGUCAAGACAAAAGCUGUGAUUGACCCACGGACCUUGGCAAGUGCAACUGGACUACAAAAUAUGUCAUAACUUAGGCUGUGACAUUUGUGUUAAUAGUCAACAGAGUAUCCAUUUACAUUUUUUUGAUAAUCAAAAAGUCCAGGGAAGAAAAUCAAGUGCCAUAAUGCUGCAGCAGCACGCUGUAUUCGUUUCCACGCCACAUUACAAAUUGCAUGCACACAGUAAUUCCGGGACAAAAUUUGCAUAUUUCGCACCAUCAGAUUUGCUGCUACUGGACCGUAAACUACCGUCCAAAGGCGUACAAAACGUCCUUACUUUGCAUAUUGUCCCCAUAAAUGUCACUUCAAAUGCAUUUCAAAUAAGGACAAAUGAGUUAAGUAUGAAUACCGAAUGAAGUGACUGAACUGACCAAAAGAAGAAGAACCCAAUCAACUGUAUUUCACAGGUCAACUACAACUCCCAUGACCACCACAUACCCGAUAGACAAUGACGGCACCGACAGGCAGACUAACAUUUAACGUCUUUAUCACUAAAAGUGAUAAAAAAGCACAUCCAUGUAAAGCCUGCCGUGCUUCCAUCCAAUGCUUCAUUUCCUAGUGUCGAUUCAAUCGAUUGAUUACCUUUUAAACGAUGUUAGAUCGAUAUACUGUAUAUGUCGUCCUGAAUGGAAACUUGAGAACGCAGAUCGAUGUAAUUGAAUUGUAGGAAUAUAAAUUGAUGCAGUGAAUGAAUCGUUACACCCCUAGUGUUUACAGAGAAUCCCCGAGUACAUCUCUGAAGGGACCAGGUCAUUCACAAGAAAAGACUCCUGCAAAUGCUUGUGAUUUUCCAUUCGGUUGCUUGGUUGUUUUUGCUAACUGACAUGCUUCAGUGUACUGCUAAAUUGUCUGUAGCCAGUGCUGCUGCUGCUGCUGCUGCUGCUACAGUGGAACCCGUUUAACCCCUUGAACUCACAUUGACAUAAGCGGUUGUCGACAUAACCAAAACCGAAACUAGCCAUUGCGUGCACAUUUACUUGUAACUUUGUUCAGAGGCAAAAGGGGAAAGGGUGAUAAUAAAAGACUUUUGUUUGUUGACAUGGUUUUCCUCCAUUUGUGCAUAUUUUUAUUUAUUUAUUUUUAUUUAUUAAUAUUUAUUUAUUAUUCAUUUAUUUUAUACUCUUACAAAAAUAUACAGCGUGUCUAUGGAAAUGAGCCCUUUGGUCAUUAAAGGAAAACUGUUUUAUUUGGAAUUUUGACCAUCAUCCGCAGUCCUUAUGUGAGAUAUGAACAUGUGUCUUUCCCUUUUCUGUGCGUUUUAAAGACAGGUAAACAGCUAGCACGAGGCAGCUAACAAUGCACGUGCAUGGUCACAGCAUGUAUAUAAAACAAUAAUUGGUUUGGUUGUGGGUUUUGGGAGGUGUUUUAAUAGAGGGCUUUAUAGGUGGAAUAGGUGAAUCCCAUUACCUGCAUUGUUAGCUGCCUCAUGCUCCGGUUUUCUUUAUUUAGAAUGCACAGACAAGAGAAAGACGUGUUCAUAUCUCGCAUAAGAAUUGUGGAUGAUGGGCAAAAUUCCCAAAAAAGGUCCAGGUGUCCUUGAAGAGGGGCUUUUUAGUAAUAAGAGCAAGGUGGAGCCAGAACUUGGUUGGUUGACAUAGAACGGGCUUAAACGUGUUCCACUGUACUAUAAAUCCAGUGUCUUGAAUUUAAGAAUGGGUGUAAUGCACAGCUUGUUUUCUUCUUUUUGAGGGAAAUGGUGGCAAUUAUUGGCGAGAAUGUAGAGUCUUUUCAUUUACUCUUUGUCUCAUUCAGAAUGUUGUCAACUUUCCGACAAAGUCAAUGCUGGAAAUUGUAGGUUCUCUCCCUGAGUGGUAAGUGCCAGAGUACACUCACCACUGGUAGAAGAAGUCAGUGGCCAACACCCUAUUGAAGUAGUUGUAGAAGUAGUAGUUAUUUCGGUGUCAAAACAGUUGACCCUCCAGGAUGAGGUUGAUCUUGAGCCAUAUUUGCUCACAGGGUUCACUCAGAAAUCGCAGCCAUGGUACGCCACAAGCCAACCGGGAUGAAGUAGCGGCCAAAUUCCAUGUUGCCCGAAUGUUUUCUUCCCACGGACGUGUCUUGAUAGUCAAGACACCAGAUGUCAAAGUUGACAGUCCUUUGCCUUGACUUUGACAAAUACCCCCAUCAUUCUGAAGUACAAUUGCCUUGUGUUCAUUUGUACAAUGCAUUGAAAAAUCCAUGUAUUGAAUGUGCAUUACAGAGCCACGGUCCCUUCCUUGGCAACAGUCAGGACUGUACUGUACAGAAGUACUAAAACCUGUACAUUUUUGAAACACAGACAACCUGUGCACUGAGGUGCUGGGAUCAACCCUUGGCUCCAACCACUCUUUGUGGGGUGGGGUUCUUCCCAUGCUUGCAUGACUUUUUUCCUGGCACACAACACACAACCUACUCCCACAACCCAAAAAACAAGCAUGUUACGCUAAUUGGAGACUCUAAAUUGUCCAUAUGUGUGAAUGUGAGUGUGCAUGUGCGUUUGUAUAGAGUGUCCUGCGAUUGAUUGGUGACCAGUCCAGGGUGUACCCCGCCUCUCAUCCAAGUCAGCUGGGAUAGUCUCUAGCCUAUGUAUGACCCUGAACAAUAUAGACAUUUAACAGAAUAAUUUGUUUACCAUAUUUGUGGAAAAGUGGAUCAUUUAUAUAAAUGAUGAAAUGUAGUCGUAAAAGUAGUAAUAUCGCUGUGUCUCAAUUUGCACACUUCCUUACUUACAUUUACUUUUGACUGCAUAAGUUUCAUCAUCACAUGUUGCUCUCAAGAUUCCCCCCAAAAAAGCUGGCAAUCCAAAUGUUGGAGGUUAUGUUUUGUUGAGUGGUUUCAUUUCAAAGCAAUUCAUUUAAAUAUUGUGAUUGUCUUGAAGUAAUGGAUUUAGUAAUGGAUUUGGGACAGCUCUACUCUGUCAAAAUUGGUGCACUCAGGAACUAAGUACAGAGUGUGCACACUAUACUUAUUGAAGUCUAUCGACGGAAGUAUUCAAUUUGACACAGGCUAUGAGCCCAAUACAAAAAGCACCAGCCAAUGGAGGAACAUAAAUCAACAGCGCAGUCCAUCUAAAAGCACGGCGAGAAAAAUGGAGGAAAACACUGAAAAAAAUAAAGGAGCAGAAAAACUCACGGAGGAGCAACAGAACAGCCAGGAAGACGCAUAACAACGUAGAUACAGAGGGGUAGACAAAUAUAAGUAUGGGGUCGUUAUUUCAGGAAAUACGGCACUUUGAAUUGGCAUGUAAUUCUAGGGGUCAUUAUUUCAGAAAAUAAGGUACUUCAAAUGGGCAAAUCAUUUUAGGGGUUAUUAUUUGAGCAAAUGUGGCACUUCAAAUGGGCAAAUAAUUAUCGGGCUCAUUUUUAAUUAUUGGUGGGCAUUAUUUGAAGAAAUAUGAUUCUUCAGAUUUGCAAAUUACAGGGGUCAUUAUUUGAGGAAAUAUGGCACGUCAAGUGGGCAAAGAUUUUAAGGGUCAUUAUUUGAAGAAAUACGGUACUUUAAAUGGGCAAAUAAUUUUAGGGGUCAUUAUUAGAGGUAGUACGGUACUUCAAAUGGGCAAAUAAUUAUAAGGGUUAUUUGAGGAAAUCUGGCACUUAAAAACCAGCAACUUUUCUAAAGGUCGUUACUUGAGAAAAUACAAUAUCUCAAGUGCAAUCAUAGAGGUUAUUACCUGAGGAAGAACAGCACUUAAGAUGGGCAAGUAAUUACAGUACCCUAACUAUAGUAAUAGGUCAGACUUUGAAGGCAAUUAUUUUUACAAUGUAAAAAAUAUAAUCCAUACCGGCAAAAUGACGCUAAAGUACAAACUACUUUCGGCUAAUGUGUCAAACUAGUGAACACAUAAGCUUGACCUUGUGAGUUGGUUUUUGGCUCUGCAAGAAAAUGUAUUUUGGUCCUAAAUAUUCCUGCUUUCUGUCCUCUCCUACCCUACACUAAAAUACACAACUUUUGCAGAAAAGUGACAAAAUUUCAAAGAAGUACUUUGCUGUAGUGCUUUGUAAAUAGUCAUAUAACAAUUUUGGUCACGCUUUCAUUUCAUGUAAGGGCACUGUUUCAUUGGAGCGGUCAUGUGUUUGUGUGUGUGUGUGUAUGUGUAUGUGAGAAAGAGUUGGAUGUAUACACUUUUACUGUAGUAGAGUGAUCCACCAGUCUUCAGGUUUUGUUCUGGUUUUCCGCAUAUAAUAAAAGUCAACAAUGAUCUGUAGAUACAAACUAUUUCAAGCCUCGUUGCCGUCACUAAUCACUUGUGUGAUGUUUUUGGUGAACUGCAUGCAGGAAGUGACUCCGCGCACACAUGCUCUUAUUGUUUGAACAACCAAAAGAAUAAAAUUACAUAUUUUUCCUAAGUCUUCUUGUUUUUACGAAAAAUGAAUUGUGCUGCAUUUUGUUCCAUCGAAGAUAUGACAAAAACAAAAAAAAAAUCCCAAAUAAAAACUUUUUAGGGAAACAAUUUGUGCACUCAAGAUAUAUUCACUUAAGGUUUUCCAAUAUUAAAAAAAAAAAAAAUCCUUUAAAACGUUAGGUUUUGCAGGCAACAGGAUUAGCGAUGCUGUUUUUGAUCGAAAGCUCCAGGAAGGCAAGGCUUUGAUAUGAAGCAGAGUGGGGGUUUGUUUCCAAAUGACAAAAAAAGAUGGAGAAGAAAGCACUUUAUAUACUUUAUCUUUUAUAUUUUAUCAAAGAUGUAGAUAUUUAUUACUGUAUUUGUCGCAUCUUUGCCGUGUUUUUGUUUGGCUACAAACGUGUCAAGGAGGUCGAUACCACGCCGAUUAAAGGAGGAAAGACAUGAUCUGAAUUCUGAUUGCGAGUUUACUGUUAGUUUCACAUUGUCUAGUUUGCUGCGUCACCUACUCGUUGGUUUACUUGCUUGCUUAUUUACUUUACAGAUGUGGUCUUGCUUCAUAUAUACUAAGAUACAAAAUAGAUAAAGGGCAAGUAUUGCUGAUACUGAUACCGAUAAUUUUCAAGAUCAUCGAAUGAUUUUGUGACUUUGCCUAUCAUUUGUUGAUAAUUAUAAUCCGAAUAAAACGCAGGACAUACAUUUUAGGGGGGGAAAAAGGUUUUUAUCAACUAUUUGUGAACAAUUUAACAGUAUAUAAAUACACCAAUAUAAAACAAUAACAAAGUAAUACAAUUAUUUUCUUUAUUUUAUAAUAAAGAAAAUAGUGCAAAAUAAGUCAAGAAAAGUUGGGUCAUUAAAAUCCUUCAAAGACCUCCUGUGUCCAAAAACUAUUUUAUAACGAUAUUUAAAUAUAUCUACAAUGCAAUGAAAAACAUAAUUUGUGAAAAAAAACUGAAAAAUAUCGACGUCAUCACGGCAAUAUUGAUCCGAUACUAGUACUACCCUUUGUGUCGAUGCUUUCGGUAUUUUUGAUCCACGCUAUAUGGCAGGAGAAAGAGGAAGAAGAAUGAUGUGAGGCCCAACCCCCACCUCCUUCCAGUCCGCAUCCACCUGCUUCCUCCCUUCCAGUUGCCUAGCAACCCAACAUCACAUUCCUCUUGAAGAUGGCGGUGUGUGGCAAAACAAGAGGUGGUACUGGCGCCACUUGCUGGCAUUAAAGCAGAAUGCUAAUAAUACCGAUUUGUGAAUUAAGGCGCCACUAGAAUGUGACUUUUAUGGGUUGACAAUAUCAAUGAUGACACAAUAUCAACAACACAGCAAAAAAUACACAGAUGUUUGUCAAAAUAAAGGACAACAUCGCGCUAUCGUAUAAAUCUGAUACUGACACUACCAACAUUUUUCAUGAGAAACAUUUUCGGCAUGCAGUUGUUUUUCAGGGUUUGUGUGUAUUUUUGGCAUUUGCAGCAAUUCUCUUGCUGUUUGUGUGGGUUUUCCUUUUGGAUCAUUUCUGUGUUUGGAGCGCUUGGGCAAAAAAUAUUACAGUAAUCUCAUCACACUGGUAUCGACCCAAUACUGAUACUACCAAAAUCACCAAUGACCUUGAAAAACGUUCAAGGACAUAGAAUCGUUAUUGGUGAUGUUGGCCCUUUAUUUACUUGUGUGGCCAGAGGGGGGCACUUUAACGAUUGAAUUUAAUUGCAGUAAACACUAACAACGUUGCUCCUAAAAUGGCGUUAUUUUUCCUCAUA